AUGAGCCUGAUACUAGCAGCGAUUAUGAUAAACUGGAUGCAAGCAAUGAACGCGAUGAAAAAUGAUUCCAUCACCUUUGUGUGGUCUGUGGCCUAUGUGAUGGCAUCCCACGUCAACACGGUGGCGGUGGUCGCCGUAGACCUGUUUCGAAAUACCCACAAGUACCUGAGAAUACUCACUCUAUUGUCUUACCGGGACAGUGGUAAGUCGCAGUGUCGCCAUUUCUCCAGCACGGCGGUAUGUGGGGCUCGUUCUUCUUGUGAGGAGUACUCGCGCCAGGUCAACCAGUGUCUGAGAGCUACAGCCCAAGUGAGAUGCCAGCGGCGACCACUUGCAGACCGCUACCGCGAGGAGAGUCUACUCCGCACUGUGCCACCUGUCCCAGGAGGUUCUUUCUGCCCACGAGAUAGUCUUAAUGGUGACUGCACUGUGCAGAAGGCAAGGGAGAAGGAAGGCAAGGGAGAAGAAGGCAAGGGAGAAGGAAGGCAAGGGAGAAGGAAGGCAAGGGAGAAGGAAGGCAAGGGAGAAGGAAGGCAAGGGAGAAGGAAGGCAAGGGAGAAGGAAGGCAAGGGAGAAGGAAGGCAAGGGAGAAGGAAGGCAAGGGAGAAGGAAGGCAAGGGAGAAGGAAGGCAAGGGAGAAGGAAGGCAAGGGAGAAGGAAGGCAAGGGAGAAGGAAGGCAAGGGAGAAGGAAGGCAAGGGAGAAGGAAGGCAAGGGAGGAAGAAGGCAAGGGAGGAAGAAGGCAAGGGAGGAAGAAGGCAAGGGAGGAAGAAGGCAAGGGAGGAAGAAGGCAAGGGAGGAAGAAGGCAAGGGAGGAAGAAGGCAAGGGAGGAAGAAGGCAAGGGAGGAAGAAGGCAAGGGAGGAAGAAGGCAAGGGAGGAAGAAGGCAAGGGAGGAAGAAGGCAAGGGAGGAAGAAGGCAAGGGAGGAAGAAGGCAAGGGAGGAAGAAGGCAAGGGAGGAAGAAGGCAAGGGAGGAAGAAGGCAAGGGAGGAAGAAGGCAAGGGAGGAAGAAGGCAAGGGAGGAAGAAGGCAAGGGAGGAAGAAGGCAAGGGAGGAAGAAGGCAAGGGAGGAAGAAGGCAAGGGAGGAAGAAGGCAAGGGAGGAAGAAGGCAAGGGAGGAAGAAGGCAAGGGAGGAAGAAGGCAAGGGAGGAAGAAGGCAAGGGAGGAAGAAGGCAAGGGAGGAAGAAGGCAAGGGAGGAAGAAGGCAAGGGAGGAAGAAGGCAAGGGAGGAAGAAGGCAAGGGAGGAAGAAGGCAAGGGAGGAAGAAGGCAAGGGAGGAAGAAGGCAAGGGAGGAAGAAGGCAAGGGAGGAAGAAGGCAAGGGAGGAAGAAGGCAAGGGAGAAGAAGGCAAGGGAGAAGAAGGCAAGGGAGAAGAAGGCAAGGGAGAAGAAGGCAAGGGAGAAGAAGGCAAGGGAGAAGAAGGCAAGGGAGAAGAAGGCAAGGGAGAAGAAGGCAAGGGAGAAGAAGGCAAGGGAGAAGAAGGCAAGGGAGAAGAAGGCAAGGGAGAAGAAGGCAAGGGAGAAGAAGGCAAGGGAGAAGAAGGCAAGGGAGAAGAAGGCAAGGGAGAAGAAGGCAAGGGAGAAGAAGGCAAGGGAGAAGAAGGCAAGGGAGAAGAAGGCAAGGGAGAAGAAGGCAAGGGAGAAGAAGGCAAGGGAGAAGAAGGCAAGGGAGAAGAAGGCAAGGGAGAAGAAGGCAAGGGAGAAGAAGGCAAGGGAGAAGAAGGCAAGGGAGAAGAAGGCAAGGGAGAAGAAGGCAAGGGAGAAGAAGGCAAGGGAGAAGAAGGCAAGGGAGAAGAAGGCAAGGGAGAAGAAGGCAAGGGAGAAGAAGGCAAGGGAGAAGAAGGCAAGGGAGAAGAAGGCAAGGGAGAAGAAGGCAAGGGAGAAGAAGGCAAGGGAGAAGAAGGCAAGGGAGAAGAAGGCAAGGGAGAAGAAGGCAAGGGAGAAGAAGGCAAGGGAGAAGAAGGCAAGGGAGAAGAAGGCAAGGGAGAAGAAGGCAAGGGAGAAGAAGGCAAGGGAGAAGAAGGCAAGGGAGAAGAAGGCAAGGGAGAAGAAGGCAAGGGAGAAGAAGGCAAGGGAGAAGAAGGCAAGGGAGAAGAAGGCAAGGGAGAAGAAGGCAAGGGAGAAGAAGGCAAGGGAGAAGAAGGCAAGGGAGAAGAAGGCAAGGGAGAAGAAGGCAAGGGAGAAGAAGGCAAGGGAGAAGAAGGCAAGGGAGAAGAAGGCAAGGGAGAAGAAGGCAAGGGAGAAGAAGGCAACGGAGAGAGUAAGGAAGACACCAGGUGGACUCCCAUGUUGAGUGAAGACAAGUGA